GCUCCCUUCUAUCUCUCUACAUUUCCAGAAAGAAGAAUCUCUCUCUAGAAUAACAGCAGAAGCGUGGCAACUCGCCACUUGCAGGUUCGAGAUCUGCGCCCCUGUCCCCUCUAUGCAGUUCCCCUCCCCUCCUAUUCUUCCAGACCCUUCCGCCCACGCGGCCGGCGGCGCCAUCUCCACGUGCGCGAGGCGAGCGGCUUCUACGGAUCCUUUGGGGAGGAGAGGAGAGGGGAUGCGGAAGAAGGCGCGGGCGGUGCCGGAGUGGCUUAACAGCCCGCUGUGGGCGGCCCCGGCGCCGCCGCCGGCCCCACCGGACCCCUACGGCGCCGACCUAGCCCCCCGGCCGCCGCCGCCGCCGCCUGCUCCCGUUCCGCCGCCGCCGUCCUAUGCGGAGGCGGUGGGGAAGGGUAGAGGUGGGGAGGAGGAGGACGGCGGCCGCGGGGAGGCGGUCCUGCGGGCGCACCUGCUCGCAGACUUCAAGGCCGCGCUGUGGAAGAAGGUGGUGAACAUGGGGGAGCUACGGAGGCUGGCCUGCCUCGGCGUGCCGGACGGCGGCGCCGGCGUCAGACCCGUCGUAUGGAAGCUUCUCUUGGUAUAUUUGCCAACUGAUCAUGCUUUAUGGCCUCAUGAGUUACAAAAGAAGCGGAGCCAGUAUAGCGCAUACAAAGAAGAGUUUCUUCUAAAUCCUUCAGAAAAAUUACGGAGAAUCGAGGAAUCAAAGCCGUCGAGAAAGAAAGAAUUAAAAGUCGAAAGAAUUGGCUUACUCCCAAGAUCAGAAGUAACUAAUGAAGAGCACCCUUUAAGCUUUGGUAGAUCUAGCUUGUGGAACCAAUACUUUCAGGAGUCAGAGAUACUAGAACAGAUUGACCGAGAUGUAAAACGAACACAUCCAGAUAUGCCAUUUUUCUCAGCCAAGUCUAACCAGGAAUCUUUAAGGCGUAUUCUCAUUAUCUUCUCAAAAUUAAACCCUAGCAUAAGAUAUGUGCAAGGGAUGAAUGAAGUUUUGGCACCUCUAUUUUACGUGUUCAAGAAUGACCCUGACACAAGCAACUCGGCCGCAGCAGAAGCAGACACUUACUUUUGCUUUGUCCAAUUAUUGAGUGGCUUUAGAGAUAAUUAUUGCAAACAUCUUGACAAUAGCAGUGUGGGUAUUCGAUCUACACUCUCAAAGUUAUCUCAACUCUUGAAGCGUCAUGAUGAAGAGCUAUGGCGUCAUAUGGAGGUCACUACAAAGGUGUACCCACAAUAUUAUGCAUUUAGAUGGAUCACAUUACUGUUGACAAUGGAGUUCAGCUUCAAUGUAUGUAUACAUAUCUGGGAUGCAAUCUUGGGCGAUCCAGAAGGUCCACCGGACACCUUGCUGAGGAUAUGCUGUGCCAUGCUCAUCCUAGUCCGGAAGCGCCUCUUGGCUGGAGACUUCACCGCUAACAUCCAGCUGCUGCAACACUACCCAGCAACUAACAUUGAUCACCUCCUCCACAUUGCUAACCGGUUGAGAGGAACUGUAGCAAGCUAGCGAUUCGCUUUCUUCCCUGCAUACCUGUAAAGCUGUACCGCAAUUUUGUCCGUGUGUAUCAGGUUUUAUAACUAGCGUUGUGGGUAACAUAUCGGUGUUUCUAGAGUGGUACCGUUAUGUUUUGUUUCGCCGUUUUGGUAUGACCAGCCGGAAUGUGGCCUAAGAUGGGACCCUGAAGGUGCUGGGGCUCUUGAUAGUGAGCUUCUGUUUUAUGGUUUACAUUGAAAACAUUUGCCUGGCGGUUGGCACUACGGGAAAGGAAAGAACCGUUGUACUUAUUCCAUGUGAAGAAGGGUGUUUCUGGAUA